AUGGAAUCACGGAUCUAUCACGAUCUUCACCGUCACGAUCGUUCGACACAGUCACGCUUCCAGAUGGGCUCUCGGCCAUAUCUCUACGUUCUUCGUCAAUUGAUCCAACAUCAAGACAAGGAGCAGGUACGUCGCCAAUGGAAAGAACAGGCACCGAAUUGACAUCAGAAUGGCCAAGACGAAGUCCACGAUAUUUAUCAACAAUCGGUCGAAGAAAAUGUCUAGCAAAUACCCCCAGAGUAAAAACAACCACAACCACCAAUACAACACCCACAAUAACCCAAUUCGUACCAGGUGCACCAUCAGCACCAUCACUCUUUGGACAAUUCAACAACAAUUGGGUGAGAUCGUCAGGAGAGUCGAUUGGAGCCGGCAGACAUCCCGGUUCCAGCGGGAAGCAAAUAACGUUACUAUUACAGUUUAUUGUUGUUUAAACUGUCGUAUUAUCGGUAUAACAUAAAAAGUGACAAAAAUAUUAUAUUAUUUAAGUUUUGUUUAUAACAGCACAAAUUUUCUAAAUGAUUAUUAGGUAACAUUCAGUAAUGACCUUCAUUAUUAAAAAGAUGGGGUAAAAUUCUAUAGGAAAGUGAGUUGGGCUGGUAAAACAGUAAUUUUGUUAAAAGUUGAACCAAUUUGAAAAACCUAAAAUAUCAUAUGCAGCUUACUCUAAAAAAGCUAAACUUGAAACGUAUUUUGCUUCAACUUUACUGUAAAGGGCUGAAAAACACAAUGCCAAGACUUGCCAAUUUGGCGAAAACUCAAAUUUUUGUAAAAGUUUAACCAAAAUGUUGCCACUACUGUUAUUUACAGCGUAUCAGUAGUAUAAAUAGAAAGCUUGGUGAAUUUUUAUCACCUAAUAACAAUGUUAAUGGAUGUAAAGUAAAAAGAUACCACAGUAACUAAGUAUAUACGCAUGAUAACUAUAGUAAGAUUUUAAAAAAUCCCCGGCUCUAAAUGCAGUGUCAAAUAUCUCACAAAUUGUGAGACAUUAGAGUUAAAAUAUACUUUAUUACUUUACUACUUUAAUUUGAACUUUACUAUUUUGAUUAAAACAUUUUUAAACUGUAAUUUAAACCUUUAUUUAUUAUCCUUUCGGAGAAAAAGAUCGCGCAGCCCGCACUGAUCAGGGCGCGAACCGACGCAAAAAAGCGUUCUCUUUUCUCGUUCGAUUUGGCUUUUUUCGCGGCCCAAAACCUGAGGCAACGGGUUUGUCAUUUUGCCUUUGGGUUGAAAGUUCAGUUGGGUGGACUGACGACGACGAGAGAGGCCGUUCUUGGUGCCCGUGGACCGACAAAGAAGAGACUUGGAACGACGACCACCGACACCACUCCCACGACCACCGACACCACUCCCACGACCACUACGACCUCACCGACACUUGGCCACACCUGA